UCUCCCCCCCCGUCCUGAAGACCCUUUCUUCUCGGAAGCCCUCCUCGUUUGGGAGCGGUUAGUUUCCGUAGGAAUCCGCGCCGCUCAGCCAAGCGCAACCCCCAUCCCGAGCUGAGGAUGCAGCGCCUUCCCUCCGAGGAACCGGCCAUGUGGGCGGUGGGGGGAGGUGAACUAUUGGGGGGAGAUCUGCCAGGACUCCCCCACAUCCCUCCACCAGGCACCACCCCUACCCGGAAUCGAGGCAGGAGGAGGAAAGCAUAAAGCUUGUGUUUCUGACACACAGACCCCCGCUCCCUUUACGGAGGAUGGGCACCGCACGCUCUAACCGCAACACACACACACACACACAGCGGCCCACCCCCAAUCCCAAACCGGAAAUCGAACUCGCUCUGAAUCAACUAGUCUGUCCCCAGCUCCCCCCUCCCCCUCUGGUCCCCUCCCCCGCCACCACAUCUGCCCCUGCAUCCAGUCCAGGCACCUGCCGGCUCUCGCGCGCCCCAUCGCUCUCGCGCGCCCCUCCCUUUCGACAUCACUUCUUCACGGUCUCCAUUGCGGACUUUUAGCAAGGGAGGGGGCUUUCCCCCCCCCCAUCACUGUCUAUUUGCAAGGGACGCCUCUCCCCCCCCCACACACCAUUUUUCUCUCUAAGGACUCUGGCUGGCGUGUUGCUUUUUUUAAGGGAGGGAGCUCAUCAUCUCCCUAGAUUUUAUUUCCUUUUAAAUCCGAACGCCUCUCCUCCUUUUCGACCAGCGCCGGUCUUCUUCUUCUUCUUCUUCUUCUUCUUCUUCUUCUUCUUCUUCUUCUUCUUCUUCUUCUUCUUCUUCUUCUUCUUCCUCCUCCUCCUCCUCCUCCUCCUCCUCCUCAGAAAGGCUGGACAGAAGAACCAAGAUGGUGAAAUUUCCUCUUAUAGGUUGAGCAAAGCAUCUUGAUUUGAGAGUGGGUUAAAAAAAAUAAGGAGAGAAGGAUCCAACCCUUCGAAUCCUGCGCCUGAUUUGGACCCUACACACCACCACAAGGGAGGAGAAGGAAGCUCUUCCUCCUCGCUGUGUCAGGAAGAAGGAAGGAGGGAGGGAAAUCCCUUGGAAAUAACGACUGGAAGAGCGCGGGGGGGGGGGAGACUGGGAAUCGCUCUCUCGGCUUCUUCACUCUCCCUUGGAAGAGGAGAGCCCAGAUGGGUCUGGGCAGGAAACCUGGGAUUGCUUCCUCGUUUGGGGGCUCCAGAAAACCCCGUUCAGACCAAGGAAGUUGAAUUGUGGUUGCCGCAGAGUUGUUAGAGGAGGAGGAGGAGGAAGAAGAAGAGGAUUCUGGCUGGUGGGAAUUAAUAAUUACAAUCAAACCGGCAGAUUUACGCUUUGGCUUCUCAGGAUCAAUUUCUUCCAACGUCACGACAGCAAUUUUUUCCCCUCCCUUGGACCAACUGGCUGUGGAUUUUAUAUGUGCUUCCAAAGAGAGAGAAGAGAGAAGUGGGGGAGGAAAGAAAUCGAGCUCGGUGGCUAUUUAUUUCAUUUCGUUUUUUAAAGUAUUCCUCUUCGUAUUGAUCCUAUCGCUGGACCAGGCUCUCCAAUGCCUUGGCACUGCCAUGGGAUGUGAAGAUCUCUUAGCCUGGUUGUUUUGACCACCCCCUCCGAUCCCCUCGCUUUGCCCUGUACUCCAAAGUCCACAUAUAUGAGAUGGAAAAUCGAGGGCUGCUAGGCUCCCUUUGUUACCUGAUGCUCAAUGCCCCCUUGCUCUUCAUGGUCCAGGCUACAUUUACAGAAGUUCCUAAAGAUGUGACUGUUAGAGAGGGGGAUGAUAUUGAGAUGCCUUGUGCUUUCCGGGCCAGCGGAUCCACCUCUUACUCCUUGGAAAUCCAAUGGUGGUAUCUUAAGGAACCAGCACGAGAGCUUGCUCACGAAUUAGCCAUCAGUGGCCCCGGCAGCAGAACCAAGGUAACAAAUAAGGAUGCAACAAAGAUCAGUACGGUGCGCGUCCAGGGUAACGACAUCUCCCACCGGCUGCGGCUGUCCGGUGUGCGGCGACAGGACGAGGGCGUGUACGAGUGCCGCGUGUCGGACUACGGCGACGAGGACACUCAGGAGCACAAGGCCCAGGCGCAGCUGCGCGUCCUGGCGCGCUUCUCCCCGCCCGACGUGCAGGCGGCCGAGGCGGUCUCGCACAUCCAGAGCAGCGGCCCGCGCAGGAGUAGCCCGCCCGGGCGAGCCACGGCCGAGCCGCGCCUGGGGGACAAGCGUCUCCUGCCGGCGCAGGGCGAAGCAGCAGCCUCUUCUUCCUCCUCCUCGUCAGCAGCCUCCAUCCCCGCCGCGGCUUCCUCGUCGUCGUCCUCUUCCUCCUCCAACUCCAGCACCACGACUAUCGUGGCGGCGGCAGCAGCAGCAGCAGCGUCGUCGGCCUCGCCUCCGCCGGGCAAAGCCACCAUCCUCCGCCAGCAGCACGGAUCAGGUACUGAGCCAAUUUACGUGACAGAUCCUUUCCUCUAUUCGUUCCUGUUGAUGUUCCAUAAGCUUGUACACUUAUUCUUAGACCACUGAUGGACUUCUUUCUCUGAUAAUCCUCAGCCAAAUGAGAAGGAAACUAUUUAAAACAAAAACAAAAAACACACGGAAAAAGAACCCUCAAUGAGAACUAGAAUCUUAAAGAUGGACAGAAAGAGACUGGAAAAGAAGCAUGAACACAUUCAACAAGGGGAGGGGUAAAGCAUAUUUUUGGGACAUUACACAAAGGUCAGUCACCUGAAAUAAUGCAUCUAGUUUCAAGAUUCUAUGGUAUCAAUGCCCUGUUCCACACAAGGUAGCUAUUAUUUCUCUCUUUUCCAACGUCUUUUUUUUCUAAACCUUUCCUCUGACAAUUAAUUUUGCACGAACUGUUGAACAGUUGCUUUUAUGAUGAUAUGUAAAGACAUGGGGGGGGCCAAAGCCCUUCUAAGGAAGGGUCCUAUUUUUUAGUAGAUUAUUGUGGUUAGGCUUUUUAUUUUUAUUAUUAUUAUUUCCUUUCUCCUCCUCCCUUCCCCUCCCCCUCUUUUUUAAUUAAAUUAUUUCUUUUGGGGGGAACUCUUGAUUUUUUAAAAAGGCACAUCUUACCAUAAUGGAUAUUCACUGUUGAUAAUAUUUAUUUUUAAAUAUAAAAAAAGAGAAAGAUUGGAAACAAGGUAAGACAUUUGUUUAUAAACCGUAUUGUAUAUUGCUGAAUAACAGUUGAAUUAAAAAAAGAGAUUUUGAAAUAA